CUCUCGCGGUCGCGGUCGGGGCUGCGGGAGCUGGGGUCGGGGUAGCCGCGCGCGCGAGGGCGGCGGAGGCGGGAAGGGCUGCGAGCGGCGCCGGGGAGCGGCGCGAUGGUGAUGGCGGCGAAGAAGGGCGCGGGCCCCGGCGGCGGGGGCGCGGGCAGCAAAGCGGAGGCCGAGGCGGCCUCGGAGGUGUGGUGCCGCCGGGUGCGGGAGCUGGGCGGCUGCAGCCAGGCCGGGAACCGCCACUGCUUCGAGUGCGCGCAGCGCGGGGUCACCUACGUGGACAUCACCGUGGGCAGCUUCGUGUGCACCACCUGCUCCGGCCUCCUGAGAGGCCUGAACCCCCCUCAUCGAGUCAAGUCCAUCUCCAUGACAACUUUCACUGAGCCUGAAGUUCUGUUCCUCCAAUCUCGUGGAAAUGAGGUCUGCCGGAAGAUCUGGAUGGGCCUUUUUGACGCUCGGACGUCCUUGAUACCAGAUUCCAGGGACCCUCAGAAGGUGAAGGAGUUUCUCCAAGAAAAAUAUGAGAAAAAAAGAUGGUAUGUCCCCCCAGAGCAAGUCAAGGGGCCAGCCUACAGCAAAGGCGGAGCCUCCACCCCUGCCCAGGGCUCCGCCCCGGAAGGGAAGCCCGUGCGCUCGCUUCUGGGAGAACCUCUCGCUGAUGCUGCCCAGCCCGUCAGCCAGCCUCCGGCCCACACGGCCCAGGCCCGGAGCUCCCAGCCGCCCUCCCACUCCGCCGCCAAGAAAGCCAGCACCGACCUGCUGGCCGACAUCGGCGGAGACCCCUUCGCCGCCCCGCCGGCCGCGCCCGCCUUCGCCGCCUUCCCAGGCUUCGGAGGGGCCCAGGCUCCUUCCCACGGCAGCUUUGCCAACUUCGAUGCCUUCAGCAGCAGUCCUGGCUCUGCUGCCUUCGGAAGCCUCCCUGCAUCGGCCCAGGCCCCGUUCCAGGCCCAGCCAGCGCCUGCAGCCAAUCGGAUGCUAACUGGAAGUUACAGCUUCGGGGGCAGCCAGGUGUCCGCGUUUGGCGUCGCACCCCUUGCCAGUCAGCCCGGCGGCCUUGCGGACGUGAGUGGCCUCCUGGGACCCAGGAUGCCUGCUGGAGGUCUCCCUGGCAGUGUCUUCGCAAUGCCCAGCCAGGUGCCCACACUGCAGUCAGCUGUGCCAGGAGCUAGCAGCAAUGCGGGGCUCGCCUUUGGAGCCUUCACCAACCCCUUCGCUACCCCUGCCCAACCCCAGCUGCCUUCUACCAAUCCAUUCCAGCCCAAUGGUCUAGCCUCAGGGCCUGGCUUCGGGGUGGGCGGUGUCGGGCCUGGCCUCCUCCAGCCGGCGCCGCCUCCCGGGGCCUUCGCCAGCGCCUUCCCGGCACCGAUGUUCCCCGCGCAGGCCGGCCUGACCGAGCAGAACGGCUCUUCCUUUGGCGACUUGGGGACCUCCAAGCUGGGGCAGAGGCCUCUGAGCCAGCCGGCCGGGAUCUCUACCAAUCCUUUCAUGACCGGAUGCUCAGCGUUGGCCUCCAAGCCCCCAACUACAAACCCGUUCUUGUAGCGCUGUGUCCUUGGGAAAAAGGGCGCUCCCCACUCGGGCCGCGGCCCCCAGAGCCCUGGCGACCGUUUGCCUGUGGGCAUUUCUGUGGGUCUGAGGCAGGGUUAGGGACCUUGGACAGGGAGGUGGACAGGGACCCACAGCUGGGGGCUUGCAGAUGAUGACACAGGCUGCUCUGUGCUGGAGGUGAAGCUUCCUCCCCGCAGGCUCCGACCCAGGACAAGCCGGAGGGGGCCCAGUCUGAAGAUGGCCCCUCCUGGCCUGUGGAGAGAGAAGUCAGCAGGCCUGGCAAGCAGCCCCCACCCCCACCCCCAGGGAGCCGCUCCUCCUCACCCAGCCUUCCAAAGCCGCCCUCCCCUGGCAGAAGCCAGGCCAGGAAUGGAGGGUAAAGAUGAGGCUUGGCCUUGAAAGCCACCA